AUCAAUGGACUGUUUUCUCUAUUUUUAGAAGAAGACAAUCAAAGAGGUGAAGAGCUUUCUCCUUUCACGCGGCCACGCGCUAGGCUUCAUUUUCAUUUCUCCUCCUUCAGCGGUUCUGCGGAACCGCCGGAUUUCAUGAUCCGUCAAUCCUUUUCCCGUCCACAUCUCCUUCCUUAAUUCCCGGACAAAAUCUAGCUCACGAUUUCCCUCUCAUAGAUUCCAGCGCGCAGUCAUACACACAUGGAUCGGAGGAGGACGGAGAGUCCGGUGUAUGUCCGGCAAUGGAGCGGGGGAUCUAGCAGCACGGGGUCAUCGUCGCCGGUGGGGUCUCCCGCGCAUCCACGUUCGCGGCUGCCUCCGGCAGCAACCGGGAUGUCGACUAUCAAAAGGACUCAGAACGUUGCCGCCAAGGCAGCUGCUCAGCGUCUGGCGCAGGUCAUGGCUACUUCGCAGACACAGGAUGACGAGGAUGAGGACGAUGAUCUAGGGUUCCGGCGGCCGAGUGCUGCCUUCUCCGGUAAUGGCCGCACCCACAGUAAUAGUAAUAGUUACGGCAGUGGUUUUUCGGCUAUCUCAGUUGCUAAGCCCAAUCGAUCUCCCUCACCCGCGUUAGGUAGAACUUUUAUGGAGCACACCCCUACAGUGCGUUCAACAUCUGCGGGAAGAUCCUCAUUGUCUGUUCGUACAGGAUCAGCCGCUUCAUCUGCAACAGUUGUGCCACCCAGCAGAACAUCUCUCAGAACACCCGCUCCAAUUCCUCCAGUAGAACCCCCUAGUAGUAGAUUAAGAGAGAAGAGGCUUUUGCCGGAUGUGGGUCGCGUUGAUUCAAAAGACUCGGGAAAGCAGAAUGAGGCUUCUGCACUUCAUGAUGAACUCGACAUGUUACAAGAAGAGAAUGAGAUUAUUUUAGACAAGCUUCGUCGUGCAGAAGAAAAGCGAGAAGAAGCUGAGGCCAGAGCUAGGGAACUGGAGAAACAGGUUGCUGCUCUUGGAGAAGGUGUGUCCCUUGAAGCAAAAUUACUGAGCAGGAAGGAAGCAGCACUUCGCCAAAGAGAGGCCGCUCUUAAAGCUGCAAUGCAGAAUAAAGGUGAGAGAGACGAGGAAAUGGCAUCUCUCCGUGCAGAGAUUGAUAACUUGAAAGAUGAUACUGCACAUGCUAUAGAGCAACUUCAUGAAGCUGAAUCUGAAGCGAACGCUCUUCGCAGAAUGACCCAGAGAAUGAUUCUUACUCAUGAAGAGAUGGAGGAAGUAGUUCUGAAAAGAUGCUGGCUUGCUCGAUACUGGGGCUUAGCGGUACAUUAUGGCAUCUUUGAAGAUAUUGCAGUCCCAAAACAUGAACACUGGUCAUCAUUAGCACCUCUUCCACUUGAAAUAGUAAUUUCUGCUGGCCAGAAGGCCAAAGAGGAUUCCUGGAAUGGCGGAGACAAUUCAGAUAGGAGUAAACUUGUUCGUGACUUGAGUGACUUUUCUGGGGAAGGAAACAUUGAGAGUAUGCUUUCCGUUGAAAUGGCUCUAAGAGAAUUAGCAUCCCUGAAGGUUGAGGAUGCUGUUGUUCUAGCACUGGCCCAAAAUAGGCGUUCAAAUAUUGUCCGUCAUUCAUUUUCUGAUGUUAAACAGUCAGGUGACUCUAAAUUUUCUGAUGCAGACGACUUGAGUGCGGAGGAGGCAGAAGAUGUUCUUUUCAAGGAGGCAUGGCUUACAUAUUUCUGGAGAAGAGCUAAAGCCCAUGGUGUGGAAGAGGAUAUUGCAGAAGAGAGACUUCGGUUCUGGAUAAGCCGUAGUGGCCAGUCACCCACAACACAUGAUGCUGUUGAUGUGGAAAGGGGUUUGACCGAGGUCAGGAAAUUGGGAAUUGAACAGCAGCUGUGGGAAGCAUCACGCAAGGAAAUUGAUCAGCCGCCACCGCCUGACCCCAAAACUGGUGCUGACUCAGAGGGGUCGCCUUGAUUUUAAGGACUCUCCCUUUUGGUAAGGGAUCUCCUGUCCCAAAAACUGCUAUCCCACCCCCAUGUUUCCCCCCUUACAAAAUGUAGUUCCAGUCUAUUGUUGUGCUAUGUGGUGGCAUAUGGAGGGUGGGACAUGAGAGUGAGAUAUCAUUUUUGGGAUAGAGGAUUGGCUCUCCUUUUUCCCUAGUACAUUUUUCGUAUGGUGUUUUUUUUUAUUUUUUUUUAUUUUAUUUGCUUGUUAGGGGGGUAGGGUGUAAAAGUGUUGAGGGGAAAAUGUAAUUAGCUCAAAGAUUUGUCAUCGAUUCAAAAGAUAGAAAAAAAAACAAAUAUUACAUGGAGGAUGAUCUGAGGUAUUAUAUAAAUAUUCUUUGAUUUG